CUAUCUAUCUAAGCCAUGGCUCUGCAACUCUGGGAGACCCUUGAAGAUGCGAUCACCGUCUACACGGGUCUCACUCCAGCAACUUUCUUCAUAGGACUCGCUCGUGACUCGGAGAAGAAUCGGUUCGUGAUCUCUGCGCACAACGCACGUGAAGUCCUCCUAGCUAUCGUCUUCUCGAAUACAGAUUCCGACUCGUGCGAGUUGAAUCACGAGGCGCUCGCGGUUCUCGCGAUGUUUCCGCUUUCUGAAUCGGAGUGCGCGUUCGUGUCUUCUGAUCCGGAGCGAAUCACAUACCUCGUGUCUCUUCUCUUCCAUUCCUCGAUUGAAGUCCGCGUUAACUCAGCUGCACUCAUCGAGAUCGUCCUCGCCGGAACGAGAUCGCCGGAAAUCCGAGCUCAAAUCAGCAAUGGCGAUGAAAUUUUCGAAGGAAUAGUCGGAAUCCUCAACUGUCCUCUAGCAUAUCCUCGAGCACUGAAAGUCGGAAUCAAAGCGUUGUUCGCUUUAUGCCUUGGGAAGCAACACCGCCACAAGGCGGUGGCCGCGGGAGCGGUGGAGGCGCUGAUGGACAGGUUGCCGGAUUUUGAGAAAUGCGACGCCGAGAGAGCGCUGGCGACGGUGGAGCUCCUCUGCCGGAUUCAAUCCGGAUGCGCAGCGUUUGCUGCACACGCGCUCACCGUGCCGCUCCUCGUGAAGAUUAUACUGAAGAUAUCGGAUCGAGCGACGGAGUACGCGGCCGGAGCUCUGUUGUCGCUGUGCUCGGCGGAGGAGCAGUGCCAGAGAGAGGCGGUGGCGGCGGGCGUGUUGACUCAGUUGCUGCUGCUGGUUCAGAGCGAUUGCACGGAGAGAGCGAAGAGAAAAGCGCAGAUGUUAUUGAAACUGCUUCGGGAUUCGUGGCCCGAUGAUUCCAUUGCCAAUUCGGAUGAUUUCGCUUGCAGCGACGUCGUCCCCUUUUGAUUUUUUUUUUUUCUUUUCUUUUCUUUGUUUUUAGGGUGGGGGGAAUUCCUAAUCUCGUCUCUAUUUUUGUAAUUUUCAUGUUGGGAAAAAAAAA